AUGUCCACACCUCCAAUCCAGCCUUCAGAUCAACUACACCCACCGUCACUCUCUCCCCUCAAGUUAAAUUCUUCUCUAAGUAGUAUCUCAUCGGGCCAUACCCCACCCAAUAAUCUACACAGUCAAGCCUUUACAAUGUCAGCAGCCGUCACAUCAACAAGGACUUCUCAACCUAGCGGGCCUAAUACCAAUGGAAGACCGGGAAAGAAGGCAUCGUCUAAUUUAUUUAUUCCGAGGAAACCGGCUAGAAGGCCUCUCCCUGGCGGCGUCUCCAAUCCAUCCACUCCCAAAGUCAAUGGCUCCCAGUCUUUACCGGCCUCGCAAGCCAGCUCUAAUGCUACAACAUCAGCUCCUAAUGCCAAAUCUCCUUUUCCUCCUACCCGCAGCGGCACACCUGGGCCCAGUGCACCACCGAGUCAACCCAGAGGUGUAAGUCAAGCCCCUCCACCCCUAGACGCACCAUUCGUCGAAUUCGACCUGCUUACUGGUGACGUAAAUGGUCCAUUUGGUUUAAGUGGGUUUAAUGGCCAGCUCGACUGGAAUAUAUUCAAAUUUCACCGCAUUCCUGGAAACAAGACUAUCAACACCGCAUUCGAAUUCCCAAUUAAACUCAAUCGUAAAAACUAUAAAUUUCUUGAGACGGGAAUGGAUUUGGAUGAAGAGGAUCUUGGAUCCUUACCUGAUGGCGCAGGAGGGUUAAUGGAAGGACUGAACUUGCAAGAGCUCAAGAAUGUGAUCGUACCAUCUUCAGCUGCAGAAAUCGGUAACCCAUCUACCUCGAAUGUUGCAGUCAAGACGGAAAACCCCAAUUCGGGACCUAGCACUAGUGGCGGAAAGAAAGCAGAGAAAGCAGAGAAAAUGGUACCCCUCAAGGGGCCCGAUGGCCAACCAGUCAUCGGAUCGGACGGCCAGCCUGUCAUGAUACCUGCUGCUAUGGCAGGACAAGUCAAAGGAGGAAGAUUACCGUUCAUCCCUGGAGUGACACCAGGUAGUGACCCUAAAGGCAAAAAGGCUGGCUGGGGUAAAGGAAAAGGGGGAAACGCUGAAGGAGGUGGUGCCGGAAAAGGACCUGACGAUAAACCCGCUGGCGGCAGAAGAAGAGGGGGAAAGAAGACUAGACAGGUUAGUCGAUUAAUCGUAUCAUCUACAGGCAGUUUUCUGAUACUCCUAAAGGUCUUCAUGAUGGAUGAAAAGGCACGUAAGCUAAGAAAGGAAGAGCGAUUCCCUUGGCUUUGGGAAGAUGCAAGUGGUCGAGAAAUCUGGGAAGGCAAACGAGUCGAACGCAAUCGAGUCAAAAUGCAGUUGUUGCAA